ACAGAAAGACAUCCUGGAGAUUUUUUUUAAAGGCUCGUUCUCGUGAACGCGCAAGGAGAAGACCGAUCACGGCGCCCCUGUCAAACAGGGACUGUAGCCCCGCAGAAUGUGGAGGCGGAGCCCGAUCGUGGGGGAGGCGGAGUCUCGUGAGUCCUGGCAGGGCCGCCAUUUUUUGCACAGGGAAAAGAGACUGGUUUUGAAGGGAUCUAAUUUCUAAAAGUCGCCGUUGACUGGGGCUCUAAGGCUUUUUCUAACGGUUUCGAGUCCAUUUUUCGCUACAUUUGAGGAGCCCCAACGUAAAACAACUGGCGCGCAUUUUCUUCAGAAACAGGAAAAGGAACCUUGAGAGAACACGUCUGAAUACAAACAUUUUAAACCUAGGCUAGGAAUCCGCAGUGUGUGUACUGAAGUAUUGUUUUGGUUGUGGAAGCUGCGACUGGGGUCUCACCCAGGUCCCCAUAUUCGCUAUUCAAAGCCUCCAGAGUGGACUUAAAAAGACUCCCCUCACCAUGUGGGACUAACCUGGGUCGCUGUUUCCCUGGUCUCUGGUGGUCUCGUGUGUGGUGCCCAGACCCCAGAGACCCACAGAGUCACAUGGCCUCCCAGCUGGGAAGAGGAGCCGGGGCUCAGGCCUUGUGGAUGCACUUAGAUGUCUGCAAUGACUGCUGUGGCUGGCAUGCCUCAGUGUUUCGGACUCCCUUUCUCUGGACUCAGUAGGACAAGAACUGAUCAGCAGAGAACGUCAUGAGCAUAGUCAUCCCAGUAGGGGUGGACACAGCAGACACCUCAUACCUGGACAUGGCUGCAGGCUCAGACAGACCAGAAUCAGUGGAGGCCAGCCCCGUGGUGGUAGAAAAGUCCAGCUACCCACACCAGAUUUACAGCAGCUCUUCUCACCAUUCCCACAGUUACAUCGGCCUGCCUUACGCUGACCAUAAUUAUGGGGCGCGGCCCCCACCGACGCCGCCAGCCUCCCCCCCGCCCUCCAUGUUGAUCCGACAGGGAGAGGUGGUUCCCUUCGGUUCCGGGCCCCAAGAUGAAGCGUCCCGGGGCACAACGCUCAGCACUUCUGAAGACAGCUACGGGACCGACAUCACCCGAUGCAUCUGUGGCUUCACCCACGACGACGGCUACAUGAUCUGCUGUGACAAGUGCAGUGCCUGGCAGCACAUAGACUGCAUGGGCAUCGACAGGCAGAACAUUCCUGAGACCUACUUGUGCGAACGGUGCCAACCGCGACAUCUGGACCGAGAGAGGGCCAUCCUGCUUCAGACCAGGAAGAGAGAGUGUUUAUCUGAUGGGGACACGAGCGCGACGGAGAGCGGAGAUGAGGUUCCACUAGAGCUGUAUUCCACCUUCCAGCACACACCCACCACCAUCACGCUGACAACAGGCCGCCUUGGCAACAAACAGACCGACAAGAAGCGCAAAAAGAGCGGUGACAAAGACCCGCCGGCCUCUUCUGCCCGCGCCAAGAAGGCCUUCAGAGAGGGGUCCAGAAAAUCCUCUAGAGUGAAGGGUGCUGCUCCCGACACGGAGCCAGCGGAGCAUCCUUCUAUGUGGGAGAGUAAAAUCAAGACGUGGAUGGAGCGUUACGAAGAGGCCAGCAGCAAUCAGUACAGCGAGGAUGUCCAGGUGCUGCUGCGCGUCAAAGAGCAAGGCGACGGCAAGAACCUGGCGUACAACACACACCCAGCCUCCUUCAAACCCCCAGUGGAGAGUCAGGUUCAGAAGAACAAGAAGAUCCUCAAAGCAGUGCGGGACUUGCCUCCAGACUCCCUCAUCAUCGAAUACAGGGGGAAGUUCAUGCUUCGGCAGCAGUUUGAGGCCAACGGUUACUUCUUCAAGAGGCCUUACCCGUUUGUUUUAUUCUACUCAAAAUUUGACGGAGUGGAGAUGUGUGUGGAUGCUCGCAGCUUUGGUAACGAAGCGCGUUUCAUCCGUCGUUCCUGCACCCCCAACUCCGAGGUGCGGCAUGUCAUUGAGGACGGCAUGCUCCAUUUAUACAUCUACUCCCUGAGGCCGAUCUCCAAAGGCACGGAAAUCACAAUCGGCUUUGAUUUCGAUUAUGGCAGCUGUAAAUACAAGGUAGAUUGUGCCUGUGUGAAGGGGAACCAGGAGUGCCCGGUGCUGAAGCACAACCAGGAGCCCACCGAGAACCUGAGCGCCGGCGGGAGACGCAGGGGCAGCCGCAAGGACAAGGAGUUGGUUCGAGACGACCCGGGUCAGAACCAGAACGUGGCUCUGGAUGGCGAGGGGAAGGGAAAGAGUUUAGGAGACGGGAAGCAGAGGAAACUCUCCCCACUGCGGCUCUCCAUCUCAAACAACCAGGAUCCUGAGUUAUUUGAGGAUCUAGAAGACAAAACCUCCGUUAGCAAUGAAGUAGAGAUGGAGUCAGAGGAGCAGAUUGCAGAGAGGAGGAGGAAGAUGGCCAACCCAGCCGAGCAGUCCCAUCUCCCUGUCGGGGCGGCUUCAAGCUGGAACGGGCCAAAACUGAAAGAGACUCGAGAGGAGCGGAAGAUGGAGGCCAUCCUGCAAGCCUUCGCCAGGAUGGAGAAGCGGGAGAAACGCAGGGAGCAGGCGCUGGAGCGAAUAGGCAGCGUGAAGACGGAAGUGGGCGGCCGCAGCGAUAUCAAAGAGGAACCGCCGGCCACGCCAGAAACCGUCGAUUCUCCGGCUGUCAUGCAGCCGCCUCUUGAAAUAAAGGAGGAGCCCGGACUGAAGCCGGCCAAGGUGAAACCGUCCCGGAACAGGAAGAGCUUCUCCAGGAACCGGACUCACAUCGGGCAGCAGCGGCGGCGCGCGCGCACCAUCAGCACCUGCUCCGACCUGACGCCCAGCUCUCCAGCCGAACCCGUGGAGCUUCCAGCCACCGAAACGCCAGAAGGAGAGACGCCGGCGGCGCCAGAGCCUGAAGCAAUCCCCUCCCACGUCCCAGAGAGCAGUCCUCCACACAGCAGCUCGCCGGCGCCGGACAGAACCCGCACCGGCAGCAAGAGCUACAAAACUAAAAAGCACUUUGUGAGCGAGUGGGUGGGGGAGAAACAGCAGGACCGCGGCAGCGUCCGAACGCCUGAACCGGUUCCGGACCGGCCGCUGAGAAUAAGCAGCGACCCGGAAGUACUCGCCACGCAGCUGAACGCCUUGCCAGGCAUGACCUGCUCUCCGCAGGUGUACAGCACGCCCAAACACUACGUCCGCUUCUCGUCGCCGUUCCUGGCCAACCGCAGCCCGACCACGCCCGGCGUGCCCACCGGGAGGCGCCGCUCCAGGGAGCUGCCGGAAACGCCGCCGACCAGCGGCUCCUGUAAAAAGCGGUGGUUGAAGCAGGCUCUGGAGGAGGAAGGCUCCACCAGCCCCGCCAGACGGCCCAGCCUUUUUCUGCCCGGCGACGGGCCGCUGAGCCCCUCCGUUAACGGAGACUCGGACAGUCCGCUGCUCUUCAACGGCACUUGCUCACUUCCAGAGUUGCCGACUCCCCUAAAGAAGCGACGGCUGAGCCCGCUGGACGCCUGCAUAUCGGAGAGCUCGACGCCGUACGGCUCGCCCUGCGCCACGCCGACCCGGGCGGACCACUCCGAGCCGACCGCGGCGCCCAGCCUUCUCGCCACCCCGCCCCGCCCCCGGACCGAAGAGCCCGGCGCGGAACCGGCCUCCGGCAAUACCCCGACGCACGCACUUAACGCCCCUCCAGAGACCGAGUCUUCAGAGGAAAACUCCCCAGAGGUCAGUCGGAAACCCUCCGUGCAAGAGGCUGAUCGUCCUCCUUCGUUAGCGUCCUCUCCGUGUCUCCGAACUCCGGUCUCAGACGGAGCGUCUUCAGACGUCAAGCUUCCUGUCCCGGAGAGUCCUCAGCUUCCCGCUCCAGAGUCUUUGGACAGUGGAGAGGAGAGGACAGACGCCGCGCUCCCAGACGCCACCGUCGAGGCUGCUUCCUCUGCAGACGCCUGCCCUUCUUCCUCCUCCUCCUCCUCUUCCUCAUACCCGGGCUGGAUCAAAAGCCCAGACAGAGGCCUGGCCGGACAAGCUGGUCUGAACUUCUCCCCGGUCAACUCUAACCUUCGGGACCUCACCCCGUCUCACACGCUGGAGCCUCUGACGGCUCCUUUCAGGCCUGAGCCGCCGGCCUCCGGGACGCCGGCGGCAGGAACGGCGGCGCUCUCCAGCUCCCAACCGCCAUUCAGCGAGGCGCAGGGGCAACUGUUCUACCCCUGCUCCGAAGAGGGCAGCUCACUCGUCUUCUCCCGGUCGCUGAACGGAGACAGCGAAGGAGGAGGGUCUGCACAGAACCCACCGCAGAGGAAGAAGGUUUCCUUGCUGGAAUACAGGAAGCGGCAGCGAGAAGCUCGCCGCAGCGGCUCCAAGACGGAGUGCAGCUCUCCGGUUUCCACCGUGCUGCCGCUGGCCGUGGAGGCGUUCCCCGUGGCUCUGGAGCCCGCCAGCGAGCCGGCGCCGUGCAGCACCGCCGCCGUGAAGGAGCCUCAAGCCAGCGAGGAGGCCGAGGCGUCUGGAGAGAAGGAGGGCGGCGAAGGCCAGUGGACAUCGUCGACCUCAGUGGAGCAGGCCAGGGAGCGCGGCUACCACAGAGCACUGCUGCUCAGCAAAGAUAAAGAUGCAGAUGGGGAGCCAGAAGGAGGCGACACGCCGGCACUACGAGACUGUGCAUCUCCAGCCCUCCAGAAAACUCCAACCCACACCCCAUGCUCUCCCGGCGCUCUCUCCCAGACUGCCGGUCGGCCGCUGAAGGACGAAGACGGCGACGCUCAGCCGUGGUCGGCGAAUCCCAACAGCAAGCCCGCUGGGCCCAAACCCGCCCCCCUGACCCCGACCAAACCGCCGCCCUCCUCCCCGGUCCACUACCCCAAGGCCGCACCGCAGGGUUCCCCCUACCGCAGCCAGAGGGCGCUGUUCCCCUCCCAGCCUCCCGCCCAGCCGCCUCCUCAAACCGGGCCGGCGGCGUUCCCUCAGUUCGGCACGCAGACGGCACCCCCUCCUCCCCCACCACCGCCCCCGGCUCCGCCCGCCUCAUCCCCCUACUUCCCCAACCAGAACCCGGCCCCCGCCGGGCACUUCGCCGCCUUCAAGCCGGCCGUCGCCCCCUCCUUCCCGCCGCACGGCGUCCACUACCAGGCUGCCUCAGCGCCCCCGCCGCCGCCCCCUCCCCCUCCUCACCCAACGCUGCUGCACCUGCAGCCGCCGCAGCUCCUGAUGACCUCACCACCACCAACGCAGCAGGCAGCGGCUCUGACGCCACCGCCGCCGCCACCGCCUCCUCCCCCUUCUUCCAACCCCCAUCACUAUCAGUUCCAGACGGCCAUGAUGCACCCUGGCGCCACGGCAACUGCCUCCCCCUCCUACCCGCCGCCGCUGCAGCAGACCGGACUGCCGCCGCCCCCCCCUCCACCGCCGCAGCAGCCCGCCGCCGCCCAGAUGCCCCCCGGCCCCCGCGGCGCUCCGGCGACCUCAAACUCCUUCCACAGCUCGGGGUACCUGAGCUCCGGCUGGCACUGACCUCUGACCCCUGUGAACUGUUCAGCAGGGGGGGCGUGUACUAUAAGCUGUAGAUACGUUUUUAUGUUCCUGAACACGCGGCCAGUGGAAAAACAGCUGAUUGUGGGGUUAAAGGUCACAUUAAAGGACAAACUCUGGGAAGGAGGAAGAAACUAUAAGAAAAUAAAAAUGGCGGACGAUCCCCCUGGUGCUCAUUGCCCCCCACCCCCCUCUGGCCUACAUUUCUGAUUUUUAUUUUUUUUUUUUUUACAACAUCCUCUCAGACGGAGAGGAAACAGUUCUGUUCCCGUUGUAAUUCCCGCUCCGGACAUUCCAGCCUCUUCCCUCCUGAUAUCCGUCUUCUACACUGUAAAAACUCAAAGUCUCAAAGUAUCUUUGGUCCAGUUUCCACUGCACUUAUAUUAAUUCACUUGAAACAACGGAAAAUUAACCUAAAAGAAAAAUUUUACCAGUAGGAGCUUUUUAAAGUAAAUAAUUCCUUAAUAUUGAUAAAAAAAUUUACUAAUUUCACUUUAAAAAAAUGUUUUAUAAGUGAAAAAAUCUGCUACUUUUUAUCAAUGUUCAAGAAUUAUUUAACUUAAAAAGACAUUAGGGGCCAGGGUUGUUCACAGUGAGGCACGUGGGCCAUUUGUGGCCCUGAAACAGAUUUUUUUUGUGGCCCCAACUCCAGUGAUAUUAAUGUCAAUUUUUUUUUUCAUUUUUAAUCUGAAUAAAUUAAUUACUGACAAUUUUCUUACACUGGAAAAUGUUACAUUUUUUUCCUGAAAAAAUUAAAUUUUCAGCACCAAAAUUAUUUCAGGUUUUUUGAAAGUAAGUUGUCCAAAUUUUAUUCUUAUAACUGAGAAUAAAUUUCUUCAAUUGAAUUAAAAGUGCUAUACAGCAAAUUUGAAAAUUAACAUCACUCCUAUGAAAAUAAAAUUAUUUUAAAAACUUGUCUACUUUAUUUGCUUUUUUUUUCUUGACCCACACGAUGAAAAGUUUGAACACCUUUUUUUAAGUCAAUAAAAUUGCUAAAAAAGUUACUAAAAUUUCAGAUUAUUUCUCUACUAACAAAGAAUAAAUGUAUUUUCAUAAGUAAAAAAAAAUCUGUCAGUGUUAUUUACACUUUUUGUCAAUAUUUAAGAAUUAUCGACUUAAAACAAGCUCUUACAUUUUUCUGAAGUUACUUUUAAGUAAUUUUUCAACAAGAUAAGUGAAUAAUUCCCUUAUAUUGCUGCAAAGGUUUCAUGUCCACUGGCAAAUUUAAGUGGAACUUCAACUUUUUCAUAAAUACUAAGGAUUUAUUCACUUACAAUAAAGCUUUUAUAUCUUGCUAAAAAAUAACUUGUUUCGAAUGUGCAAGUAACUUAGCAAGAUAUUUCAAUAAUUCCUUAAAAUUGAUUCUAAAAAGUACUACUAAUCUAUGGAACUAGUACGUUUUCAUCAAUAUUAAUGAAUUAUUCAGUCAAAAUAAGCUCCUAUAUGUUUCUAAAAAUUUUGUCUUUUUUUCAAACGGUAUGAGAUUUCUUGAGUAUAAACGUCAUAAAAAUACUUGGAUAUUUUGAGUUUUUGCAGUGCGUCUGUCGUCAGCAGCUCUGUACACAGUUUAUGUUUUAAUCUAGUGGCUCAAUAUAAAAUCUUUUUGUAUAGAGUAAAAACAAAAAACAGCAAAACAAAAAAACAAUUAUUUUUUUUAAUCUGUCUAACAAAUAUCUGUUCACCGCUGCAGAUUUAGGAAAGAUUGGCGAGCAACGCCCCCUGCUGGAGGCUCAGAGUGUGUGUGUGUGUGAUUGGGUGUGCGUGUGUGUGUGUAUGGCAGCUUACAGGAGUGAUUUUUGCGGGCAGAUUGGACUCACAAGUCGGACGUCAGCGGUUUAUUUUUGAAUAUCAAUGGUUAUUUGUAGAAAGUGUAAUUUAAUGUAUAGGUGGUUACUUCAGCUUUCACCAGAAACAGGUUUUGUAAAUAUUCUGCUGCUUUUCUUUUUCUAUGCUUGUACAAUUCGCUCCCAUCCGACCCCGACGACCCGACCCACAAACUCCCAUUUUAAGAUAUGGUUGUAAAUAUGAACGCUGUUCUCGGCAAAGCUGAAUGUUUCUGUGACUGUAGCAUUAUUUUUAUUUUAUUUUUUAUUUUUCUCUCCCCUUUUAUUGACUCUUCAACUUUGUCUCUUUUUUUUUUUAUUUGUGUGUGAGUGUUGCGUUUGUGUGGAGGAGAGAGACUCUCAGACACUGCACUGGUUGGCUAUUUUCAUGGUUCAUUGUAAUAAAUCACUGUAAUGACAGUUUUA